ACCUUGUAGGUGGGGCUAUAUAACUAUGAUGCAAGAAUGAAAAUGGAUGCAGUGUGGCCCCUGUCCCUUGCAGGACUGGGGUUUGGAGCUUCUGUCUUCCUUCUCAGAGCUCAUCUUACUGCUAAAUGCAAGUCCAGGGAUAUUGAAGAGAAGAUCCAGAUGAGGCACAAGGAAAGGGAGACUGAAUUCAAAACCCUGAGAAGAGAGUUGCUACAGUGUGACACAUCUCAACAUAAGAGAAUCGUUGCCCUAGACUCCAGUUCACUUCUUGAUGCUGUCAAAAAGGGAAAGAUAUCUCGACAUGAUGUUCUCCAAGCUUACCAAGCAGCUGCUUUGGAAUGCACUGAUGAGCUAAACUGCAUUGUUGAAUUCAUUGGAGAGUCAAACGAAUGGGUAGAAUCUGGAGAUUCUGGACUAAACAGACCACUUUUUGGACUCCCUGUGAGUGUAAAAGAGAAUUUUGACAUCCCUGGUCAUGAUUCCACCCUGGGUUUUGGGAAAUUCCUGUAUUCCCCAAGAGAUACGAUGUCUCCAAUCAUUGAGACCCUGAUACAUCUUGGAGCCAUUCCCUUCUGCAAGACCAAUAUCCCUCAGAGCCUCAUCUCAUAUGGGGAUUCAAAUCCAAUUUAUGGAGAGGUGAGGAACCCCCAUGCGAGGUUGCAUAGUCCAGGAGGAUCUUCAAGUGGGGAAGGUGCACUUCUGGGAGCAGGUGCCUCGAUGGUGGGGCUUGGAAGUGAUACAGGUGGUAGUGGACGUGUCCCUGCUCAUUUUUCUGGAUGCUUCUCCUUGAAACCUACAUCAGGAAGACUCAGUGGCCUUCAUCAAGCCAAUCCUCUUCCAGGGAUGGUGGGAGUGUUUUCCUGCCCAACAGUCAUGAGUCGGGAGCUAAAUGCAUUGGUAUUGGUGGUGAAGGAACUCUUCAAUGCUUCUCUCUUGAAGAAAUUAGAUCCUUUCCUCCCCCCACUUCCCUUCAAUGAUGCUGUGAGCUUGGAUGUGUAUGUGCAUGAUGAGCUGAGAAGUGAGAGGAAGCUGAAAAUUGGCUACUAUACUAGUUUGGAAGUAUUUCCAUCCACACGUUGCUGUCAGAAGGCUGUCAUGAAGUCAGUUGAAGCCCUAACAGAGGCUGGCCACAUUCUCAUUCCCUUUGUUCCGCUAAAUGCGUCAGAGUUGUUUGAGCUGGAGUUGCCUUUCUUCCAUGGGGAUGAAGGACAUUCCAUCGUGCAUCUUUUGAAAGGGGAGGCAGUGGAUGAGAGUCUGCAAGAUUUUUAUCACUAUGCACGUCUACCUCGAGUCUUCCAGUCUCUUCUCAAGUUUCUGCAUGGUUUAUGGGACAAGAAGAAGGCUUCUCUCAUUCCAGGGACCUGUGUAUAUGGGAGUGAAUUGUGGGAAGCAGAGAGGAAGAGGAGUGUGUAUUUAGAUGAGACAAUAAGGGCAUGGAAGGAGGCCGAUCUCGAUGCCUGUAUUGGACCCGUCUGGCCCACUCCUGCUGUGAAGCUCCCAUUUUCAAAGGCAUUUUUUGGCUCCUUCUCCUUUGCUCCAACCAGAGCUGCGGCAGCCUACACGAUGAUGUACAACAUGCUUGACUUUCCUGCUGGUGUGGUGCCAGUCACCAGGGUUACUGAGGCAGACAUGGAGAAGCUUCAAGACUUCCCAGACAAGAUCAUGAGAGAGGCUGUAGAAGGUGGUGUUGGAUUGCCAAUAGGUGUCCAAGUUGUUACACUUCCAUGGCAGGAAGAGAAGCUUCUUCGUGUCAUGAAGGAUCUUCAUAAGUUUUCUACCUAUACAGUGGAGUUGAAGGAUGUGGGAAUUGUAAGAAAAAUGAAGGAAGUAGAACGGAAUGUGGCCCUUGCCAUUUCCUUGGCUGCUGGCCUUGGAACAUCAGUUACUCUUUAUCGAUAUUUCUUCCACUCUCGGUCUAAGGAGAUCAGGAAGAAGAUCAAGCAAAGGCAGGAGACGAGAAGAGAGCAGUUUGAAGGCUUGGAAAAAAAGCUUAAACAUGAAGGGCAGGGAUUGAUGACAGAAGAACGGCAGCGCAUUGUCUCUCUCAACAUCCAAUCUCUCCUGGAUGGCAUUCAGGAAGGGAAGAUCUCAUCUAUGGAUGUGCUUCAUGCAUAUCAAGCUGCUGCCCUGGAAUGCACUCAGAAGUUGAAUUGUGUCACUGAGUUCAUCCAAGAAGCUGAGGGACGUGCACUUGCACAAGAUAUGAGCAAAGAUGACCCCAAGGGUCCCCUGCAUGGCCUCCCCAUCAGUGUCAAGGAAAACUUUGCCCUGAAGGGCUAUGAUGCCACCAUGGGCUAUGGGAAGCUGUUGGGGCAGCCUCGAGAUCACACAGCUGUUGUCGUGGAGACCCUCAUGAGCCUCGGAGCCAUCCCAUUCUGUCGGACCAAUACUCCUCAGACUCUAAUCACAUAUGAUCAUUCCAAUCCAAUCUAUGGAGCCACAAAGAACCCUCACAAUCCAUCAAGGGGUCCUGGUGGAUCAUCAUCAGGGGAAGGUGCACUCAUAGGGGGUGGUGCGUCCAUCGUGGGCUUGGGGAAUGAUCUUGGAGGCAGUGGGCGUAUCCCUGCCCACUUUUGUGGAUGCUUUAGUCUGAAACCCACAGUUGGCAGGAUCAGUGGGCUUCAUGAAGUUUCACCUCUUCCUGGCCUUGCUGGAAUGAAAUCAACACCUGCAAUCAUGACAAGGGACCUUGAAGCCCUUACUCUGGUGACACGUGAGCUCUUCAAUGCCUCUUACAUGAAGGAACUGGACCCUUGCCUUCCACCAUUGAAUUUCAAUGAUGAUGAAUACAAGGGAAAUGGUAGCCUCACCAUCGGAUAUUACAUGGAAUUAUCAACAGUUAGUGUAACACCCAGCUGCAGAAGGGCUGUCCUAGAAGCAAAAGCUGCUCUUGAGAAGGCAGGCCACAAACUCAUUCCAUUUGAACCACCUGAUGCAGAUGUUUCCAUGAAGUUGAGUUUUAAGUUGGUGGGUGGAGAUGAAGGAAAGAAUCUGCUCACCAUGCUAAAGGAUGAGCCAGUUGACCCAUGUGUAGCAAAAAACUAUUGGGUCAUGAGUAAGCCUCAAUGGGUGCGCAAGAUUUUGUGGCUCUUCCUUAAACUGGUAGCUCAUAGGGAUGCCGACCACUUGCCGAUGCAUAGUGUCAGGGGUUAUGACCUGUGGGCAGCAAAUGCCGAGAAAGCAGCAUACAUUCAAAAGGUGAUAUACAAAUGGAGAGAAGUUGGAAUUGAUGCUGUCAUUGGACCAGGAUUUCCAACUCCAGCACUCAAGCAAGGAUAUCCAAGCAAGCUACUUCAAGCCCUAUCCUACACCAUGAUGUACAAUGUCCUUGACUUCCCGGCUGCCAUGUUCCCUAUCACUACUGUAUCCAAAGAAGACAUGGAGAAGCUGAAACAGCAUCCUGAUAAGUUGGCUCAACAGGCUGUGGAAGGAGGAGAAGGAUUGCCCGUAGCAGUGCAAAUUGCAGCCCUGCCGUGGCAAGAAGAACGAGUUCUGCGAGUCAUGAAGGAUCUAGGGGAACAGUUGAAAACCAAAUGAAAUCAUGAGAAUAUGCCCUUUUUGCCCCUUUCUUCACCAAUUUUGUAGUAUAUUUCUACACUGAUGCUUGUAGGCAAUUGUUUUAAGAUCAGGGCAAUUUUUGUUUCUCUGUUCAGGAAUUCAGUGGUUAUGAGGGUACUCUAUUUUUCAGUUCCAUGAUUGUUAGAGAUUAUUGUGAUGGAGGAGGCCCAGCGGCUCCUGGUGUUGUAAUCUUUCUCCCCAGGGAUUCUCAAUUGUUCUCUAAUAAUAGAAAUCAGAUUUUUUCCUGGUACAGGUUUAUGACUCUUGCACAACUCAUAAAAAGUGCAUGUCACAAAAAAAUGGUUUCAAGGAGAAGUAUACCUGCAACUCAGUCACACAGAGAUCGUCUUGUAAGGUAUGAGCAGAUGUUGGGAGG